AUGGCAGCCACGACCGUCCCAACGCAAGACAAUAUCCUCGUCCCCGAGACGCUGCUGAAGAAGCGCAAGUCGCAGGAGAGGGCUCGCGAGGAGCGUGCGAUUGCGACAAAGGAGAAGCGAGACAAGAGCAAGAAGAAGCGCGAGGUUAUCUUCCAGCGUGCUGAGAAGUACGUCAAGGAGUACCGCGAUGCCGAUCGUGAGAAGAUCCGCCUGAAGCGUGAGGCCAAGAAGCAGAACGAGCUUCACGUCCCUGCUGAGUCGAAGCUCGCUUUCGUCGUCCGUAUCAAGGGUAUCAACAAGAUUGACCCCAAGAAGCGCAAGACCCUGCAGCUCCUUCGUCUGCUGCAGAUCAACAACGGUGUCUUCAUCAAGCUCACCAAGGCUACUCUCGAGAUGCUGAAGAUCAUCGAGCCGUUCGUUGCGUAUGGUUACCCCAACCAGAAGUCCGUCCGCGAACUCAUCUACAAGCGUGGAUAUGGCAAGGUCGACAAGCAACGCCUGCCGCUGACUGACAACGAGAUCAUCGAGGAGAACCUCGGAAAGUACGGCAUGAUCUGCAUGGAGGAUCUCAUCCACGAGAUCUACACUGUUGGCCCCAACUUCAAGCAGGCCUCGAACUUCCUGUGGCCAUUCAAGCUGAACAGCCCCAACGGCGGCUUCCACAAGAGGAAGUUCAAGCACUUCGUCGAGGGCGGUGACCUAGGCAACCGGGAAGACCACAUCAACGAGUUGAUCAGGCAGAUGAACUAG